AAAGUGCACGGCCAUGACGUCCAUGGAGUUAUUUCCUUUGAGACGUAAUUAAUUUUGCGUCGUUUUUUUCCAAGAACGAUGUCUCUUUUUCUUCAAUCUCACAGUGAAAUCACUUUAACUUAGAUACAUGCUGGUUCAAAGAUUUUUCAGGCAAAUCGUUUUGGGCGCGAAAACCCGUUGUUGUUAUCAGGCAAGUGAGCCGGUUGCUCGGUCUAAGGAGUUUCUCUGCGGUUUUCCUGAACAGUUCAGAAUGUCUUCGAACGGUAUUCAUGAAAAUGGAACUAAUGGUAUCUCAACACACGAUGAGCAUCAGUACCUGAACCUCAUCAAAACCAUUAUUCAGAAAGGAAAUGUCAAAGGAGACCGAACUGGAGUGGGCACCCAUUCUAUUUUUGGAGCCCAAAUGAGGUUUUCUUUAAGAGAUGACACGUUUCCCCUCUUGACAACCAAAAGAGUUUUUAUGCGAGGUAUUACCGAAGAACUUCUGUGGUUCAUUCGGGGUUCAACUAAUGCCAAAGAACUUCAAGAAAAGAAAGUCAACAUUUGGGAUGGAAAUAGUUCAAGGCAGUUCCUGGACUCUUGUGGUUUUACUGAUCGAGAAGAAGGUGACUUGGGACCUGUUUAUGGGUUCCAGUGGCGCCACUUUGGAGCCCCAUAUGUAGAUAUGCACACAGACUACACCAACCAAGGCGUUGAUCAACUCAAAGACGUUAUUGAUAAAAUAAAAAAUCGGCCUGAUGACCGAAGAAUUUUGAUGUGCGCAUGGAACCCUAUUGAUGUUCCCAAGAUGGCACUUCCUCCCUGUCAUUGUCUUGUGCAGUUUUAUGUGGCAAAUGGCGAACUGUCGUGUCAGUUAUACCAGCGAUCAGCAGACAUGGGUUUGGGAGUGCCCUUCAACAUCGCAAGUUAUGCUCUCCUCACUUACAUGAUUGCUCAUGUAACAAAUUUAAAGCCUGGAGAUUUCAUUCACACAUUGGGUGAUGCUCAUGUGUACAAGAACCACAUCUCUGCUUUGGAAGAACAGUUAAAGCGAGAGCCCAGGACCUUCCCCAAGCUCAGAAUAAAUAGGAAGGUUUCAAGUAUUGAAGAUUUCAAGUAUGAAGAUUUUGAAGUGAUUGACUACAACCCACAUCCUAAGAUAGAAAUGAUUAUGGCUGUUUAAAAGAUGUAUUAGUCUGUAAAGGGAAUUGGGAUUUAUUUUUUCAAUAAACAAAGUGUUAAAAUAA